AUGAGCAGAGCCAGCAAGAUCACAUUGGGACUUUCCUGUCUCUUCACAGUCACAACGGUAAUUGGGGUGCACAUUAUUCAAGAUAUGGAGAGAGAAACUCUUCAUCAGGGUCCAAUCAAAGAUGCGAAGAGAAUGGCAGACAAGAAAAAUGGGAUUGCAGCUGAUCCUCAAAAGGAGCGCAAGAAGCUUUUUAACCAAAGUGAGCAUGAAAUGCAGCAGGAGCUGCGGAAGAAGUUCGAGUCACAACAACCUUUGUCUGGCGAGAUUCUGACUAAAGAUGGAGAAGUAGUUGAGAAGUAG